AUGGCACCCGAAGAUCAUCAAAACGUCUCCAAAGACUCCGUCCCAAGUAAAGCUAGUACCGAUAGACGUCCAGCAGCAAAGCAGGACGACUAUGCGAACGAGCUCUCUGGCAGAUCGGGCUCCUCGCUAAAUCCGGAUGCUAGUCUUGCUGCAGCAGAAAAUCGGGCCCAAGCCUUUGAAAACCCAGCAUUGACAUCCAAAGAAGAUCCAAGUCAGCCCUCGGGAGCAGAGCUGUAUCAGACACACGAGAAAUCUGACGUACAGAGCCAUCCCAUGCCUAUGGCAAGCUUGACAGGGUUGACAUCACGUAUUGAGAAAUGCGAGCAGCAGGUGGAAAAGCAAGCGAAGAUUCUAAAUGAAAUUCAGGAGCGUCUUAAUGAAUUUGAUAUCGGUCUGAAUGAUCAGCCUUCGAAGCAGAGGAACAAAAUGACCGGUUACUACAGCUGGAAAGCGUGA